ACCUCUGUCACCUGCUCUCAGACACCCGGGGCGAGCGGCACCGGGAGGAAAGGGCAGCGAGGAGCCGCGGCACCGGGACCCCCAGGCCGGGGUGCCUGCCGGGUGGGCUCUGCCUCCCACUCUCCUUCAGCGCUCGGGACAUCGGGCUGUGCAGGGAGGACAGGGAGCUUGACUGCUGGAGAAUGACAGCACGAUUUAACUAGGAAGGCACGGAAAACUGGGAGAGAACUCACGGGAGCUGAGCUAACUGCGGGAAACGAGAAAGGCUUCUCAGCACCGUUGCCUGGCCUGUGAAGCAACAUGAGUCACAAGGGAUCCCUCAGCAGCAACCCUGGCUCAUCAAAUGGCAGCAUGGGCAAAGCUGAGGGAGCCUCCAAGCUGAGUGCAAAGGACCUGUACGAACAAAGGAAAAAAUACUCCAAUUCCAACGUCAUUAUGCACGAGACUUCCCAGUACCACGUCCAGCACUUGGCCACCUUCAUCAUGGACAAGAGCGAGUCCAUCACGACAGUGGAUGACGCGAUCCGGAAACUCAUCCUGCUCAACUCCAAAGAGAAGAUCUGGACACAGGAGAUGCUGCUGCAAGUGAAUGACAAGUCCAUCCGGCUGCUGGACUGUGAGACACAGGAGGAGCUGGAGGACUUCCCGCUGCCGACAGUGCAGCACUGCCAGACAGUGCUCAAUCAGAUGCGCUAUUCCUCCAUCCUCCUGCUCGUGUGUCAGGAUUCUGAGCAGCACAAACCUGACAUCCACUUCUUCAACUGUGACGAGGUGGAGGCGGAGAUGGUUCAUGAGGACAUAGAAAGUGCCCUGGCAGACCACAAGCACGGGAAGAAGAUACGGCCACAGACACUCAAGGCAAACCAGGAAAAGAUCAAGCAGAGACAAUCCAUCCUCCCCCCACCUCAAGGACCGGCUCCCAUCCCAAUCCAGCACGACAUGAGAGGCUCAGCAAUGAACAGGAACAGGGUGGCACCUCCUUCCCAGCAUGAUCCAGACUAUGACCGACGAAGCUCUGGCUCUCACGACCAUGAGGAAUCCCGCGCCAUGUUAGCACAGAAGAUUGAAAAGGAAACGCAAAUCCUGAACUGCACCCUGGAUGACAUCGAAGUGUUUGUCGCCCGGCUCCAGAAGGCUGCAGAGGCGUUCCGACAGCUCAACCAAAGGAAGAAAGGGAAGAAGAACAAGAAGAAAGGGCCAGCAGAGGGAAUGCUGACCCUCCGAGCAAGACCCCCGAGUGAGGCCGAGUUCAUCGACUGCUUCCAGAAAACCAAACUGGCUUUUAACCUCUUGGCCAAACUGAGGAAACACAUCCAGAACCCAAGCGCUUCGGAGUUGGUGCAUUUCCUAUUUGGGCCACUGGAACUGAUCAUCAAUAGCUGUGGUGGCCCCGAGCUGGCCCGGUCUGUGCUCAGCCCACUGCUUUCUAAAGAUGCCACGGAUUUCCUGAGAGGACACCUGACACCCAAAGAGAUAAACCUCUGGGAUUCCCUGGGGGAGACAUGGACCAGAUCCAGAGCUGAGUGGCCCCGAGACGCGAACAUCCCCACCUACAUCCCCAAAUUCCGCAAUGGCUGGGAACCACCCACAGAAAUCUUCCGUGGAGCUCCCUGGGAAAUCGACAUCGGACACUUGCAAGAGGAGCUCUCCUCAGCCAAUGGAUAUCCUUACCGGAACUCCUCGCUCAAGCGUGGCCAGACGGCUGAGCAGACACAGGCUGGGGAUGCCUUCAAACAGAAUGUCACUCCACAUGGAAAUAGGAAUUUUGAGGCCCAGGGAGCGCCCAGGAGAUUUGCCAAAAUCCGCUAUGAUUUCACCGCGCGAAACGCCAACGAGCUCUCGGUGCUCAAGGAUGAGAUCCUGGAGGUGUUGGAAGAUAAUAAGCAAUGGUGGAAGUUGCUCAACCGGAGUGGACAGGCUGGUUACGUUCCAUACAAUAUACUGGAUGUGGUGAAACUGGAAGAGCUCGAACAGUCUAACCAGAGGUACAAAGGAGACCUGAGCCCCAGGGGCUAUGGCCCAUCCAGUCCAACUCACAAGAUGCCUGCCAGCUACGCCGGGGAUAAGUGGGGCAGUGAGAUGUUAUCACGCAACUCUCCACAGGACGCCAAAGAACAACUAAUUCACCAAAUGGAUGAGCUGAAUGACGAGCUGCUAAAGAAGAUCACAAACAAUAAAAUUCAGCCUCCCCACAGGCACGGCCUGAAAUGCCACUGGAAUCACAGGUGCCACCCUGGCUCAGCCCCAGGGCCCUGUGAUCUGGUCCCAGUGCAGCUCCCUGCCCCCAUCUCCCAGGCCUCACCUCUGGCACGAGGCCACCUGCAGCACAAGCAUCAUCUCCCCACUUUGUGUCUCCCCAGGACCGUGGAGCACCUGGGCAUCCUCACUGGAGCUCAGCUCUUCUCCCUCAACAGAGAGGAGCUGAAGAAGGUGUGUGGUGAUGAGGGAAACAGAGUGUACAGCAAGAUCACGGUGGAGAAAAACCUGCUGGAGAAAAGCAGAGGCGAGUCAGAGCUCCAAGAAAUCAUGAAGCGCCGCCAGGAAAGGAUUGAUUCUGCUAAUUAAAGUCUCUCUGCUUUAUUUCAGCUCUUAGCCCUAAGUAGUGCAGAAAAAAAGGGAAUGAAAGCAAUGAUUCCCGGCCCGGGCCGGAGGCAGCAGAGCUCCCCUUGGGGUCCAGCUGCCAUCAGAGUGACAAUUCCUUGAACACUCUUGGGAAGGGUUGACAUAAGACCAUGUCCCACUGGGAAAGGUGUUUUAAUUUUGCAUGAAGUAUUUUUUUUAUAACUAUAUAUUUUAUACUGGAAUUUUCCGUGCAUGCUAUCGGAGCAGGAUUCACAUGGGGCUGGAUGUACAAGGGCUGGACUCAAGCAGACAAAGACCCCCAGAGCUUUUCUCCGAGGGUGUCCCUGCUCCCCCCUCGCUGGCAGAGCAGGCAUGGCACAGCACGGAGAGGCAGCCUCAAGGCUGGAGUCUCUCCACGGGAAUCAGCUUUGGAACCCUGCACUGGUUUGGGUUUAAGGAAAGGACACUAAAGCUCAUCCUGUUCCACCCCCCAUCACGGGCAGGGACGCCUCUCACCAGCCCAAGUUGUUCCAAAUCCUGUCCAGCCUGGCCUUGGACACUUCCUGGGAUGGGGAUCACAGCCCCUCUGGGCAGCCUAAGGCAGCCCCAUUUCCAUUUCCUCCUCGGUGCAGGUGUCCCCUGCAGCCCACGAGCACAGGCCCGGUGACAACUCCCUGUCCCCCUCCUGUCCCCCUGUGCCCCCGCAUUGGACAAGGCUGGAAUGGCAACACACAUUCCCAAAGUCUGGCUGCUUCCUUAAACCCACGUCUCUGAGCAGCUGAAAUGAGCUCUCAGCGCCUAGAAAGGAGCAGGAGUGACAAACAAAGGGAUCUGGGUGUGGAAAUAGGUGAGUUCCACCUGCAGAGGCCAGGGCUCAGGGCAGCUGUGCAGCCCUUCCCUGGGGCACUGAUCCCGCACUGGAAUGUUGUGGUGUUGCCAAACCCGGCCUCAAACCAGCAGAAGAUAAGCCCUGACCAUUUGCUCCCGACCCAGGCACACCCACAGCCCUUCCCAGGGUGUUGGUCACUCGUCCCCACCUUCACCUUUUCAGUGCAAAAAGUCAGCUGAAAUGAUUCCCAAAUAGCUGAAACCCCAAAGCACACUGGGAAAGGCAGGUUUAACUCCAGAUAAAUGGGCAUAAGGGAAAAAAAAUCUAAUUCAGCACAGGAUGUUGCUCUUGACUUCCUGUUUUCCUUCAUAAAGUUAUGUGAAUUUGUAUAUAAAAAUUUGUAAAUAGGGGUGAGGAAAAAUCUCUCUCCCUAGAGGCAGAAUUUGGGAUUACGCUUCCAAAAUUUACUCACAAUCUCAAAACUCAAGCAUAGUUCCUGUCCACAGCAAGUCUGGCACGCUGCAUCUCUAUUUAACUGACAGACCAACCUGAUUGCAAAGCAGGAAAGCAAACACAGCUCCAGAGCUGCCCACAGCCCAGGACAGUUGGGUUUUCUCUCUCAGCACGUGCUGAGUCUUUGCCCAAAUUUGUGCCUGUCCGUGCACAUUUAAUGGAAAAAGCUUUAAAACAGCAUCUGGGAAACUCGUGUCUGAAUCUGAGAACACCAGUGCACCUCAGUUUUGGCUUUAUUCUAAAGUGUCUCCAAUGGAUAAUCAGUUUUCUUCGUUUGGAAGAGGACACUGCUGGCCCCAGCAGAAUUAGGGUGCAGGCAGGGCAGGAUCCUGGGUUCAGUCACAGCCCUGCUGGGAUCUGAGAAGGGCACUCACCUUGUCAGGGAGGGAUGAAGAGGACAAUCCUCCUGAGAAGCCCUGGCUCUGGAUUAGGGUGGAGAAGGGAAGCAGGAUGGCAAGCACAGGAGGCGAAAAAGUUUCUAAAAUGAAAAUAAAAAGAAAUGUUGAGCUAGGAAACACACCACCUUCUAGUCCUGGGGUGUAGAGGAAAGCAAAUCACUGGGAAUUAGUUAUCUGGGAUUUUAACAGGAAUGUACAUGACAGCUCUGUAAAGCUGGGAGCCACAGGAACACUUCCAAAACCAAGUAUCUCAGCAGACCUUAUUGCAGAGGAAAACUUUACAAAUGUCCAAGCAACUGAGCUGUGCAUCUGUUCUGUUUGUACUGCCUGCAGACACUGCUAUAAAGUACUGUACAUUAAUGUACCUGAGCGAAGGAGACAAUGAUAUAACCAUGCACUGUACAAGA